AUGGAACUGUUUCGGCGUUAUCUUGGCCAGCCCGACGAAGUCGGUGAAGAGGCCGGAGCUGAUGUGGUUGAGGUUCUUGUUGACAGACUUCAAACGUCGACACGGGUCGAAGACCGACGGGAUGCUAUGCGUGGCAUCAAGGCCUUAUCGAAGCGCUAUCGUCUGCAGGUUGGAACACAAGCCAUGCCUUCGUGCAUCGAGGCGCUCUCAAGGGAUAGUGAGGAUCCGGAUACUGUGUCUUAUGCGCUUGAUACACUCUGUAAUAUAAUGAACGAUGCAGCUAACGACGUUGACCCUAAGGAUCUCGUAAACAUCCCACCUGAUCUGGGAAAACAGUUCACAGAAAUAUUCAUCAAGGAACCGGAAAAUGUGCAACUUGUCUUGUCCUUCCUUUCAUCCUAUGAUAUGCAUUUGCGCAGACAGACAAUUCAACUCCUGAUUUUAUUGUUGGAGAAUAAUCUACGAUCUCUUCAGGACAUUUUACUGAAUUCGCCUAUGGCAGUCUCAAAGUUUGUAGACACAAUCUGCGACCCUAUGGAAGUUAUUCGCAAUGAUGGGUUGCUUCUUCUACUUACCUUCACCAAAAGCCAUUCAACAAUCCAGAAGAUUGUUGCCUUCGAGAAUGUCUUCCAGAAGGUUCUCAACAUUGUUGAGACAGAAACGAUCACGGAUGGUGGCGUGGUUAUUGAGGACUGUUUUGCCCUCAUCGUACAACUAUUGACGGGCAAUAAACAAAAUCAGAUGCUCUUCAAAGACGGCAGGUUUAUUCAGCGGCUGGCGAACCUUUUCCAAAGCGUUCCAGAUGAAUUGUCAGAGUCGUGUACAUGGUCAGCGCAGAAGCUAGUCAAUGUUGGAUGUCUGCUGAAGGUUUUCCGCACGUUGGUUGCUCCGACCAACAAGACCCAAAAUAUCAAGGCCUGCCAAACCGACAUGCAGAAUUCCGGCCUGCUGGACAGUCUCUGGAAGGUGGUGAUGGCCAACGGAGUGCCAGCAGAGCUGCUGAUGCAAACUCUCUAUACCAUGGGCGAUGUUGUGCGCUACUGCCCGGCCAAUCAGCAGGCUCUAGCCAGCCUCGUUGCACCCUCCACGCCCCCGCAGCCUGCUAUCACGGUCCUUUUGGUCACCAUUGUGAAUGAACGACAACAACUCGCCGUCCGUAUGGCUGUCCUCUACUGCUUCCAAUGCUUACUAGCCUCCAACGCUGAAAUUCAAGGCCAGGUGGUUUCGACUCUGUUACCCCGAGCGGCAGAACCUCACUGUACUCCUGCUGUACACGCUUUCCUUUCUCUCAAAUCGGGCGAGGAGACAGCAAAGGGAGCUAUACUAUCCCAUCUAAUAUCCGAGGCUUCAGCUGGUGACGGAGACGAGGUGAACGUUGUCAGCAGCCUAUCUGCCCUUCUAAUUGGCAUCUGUGUCCGCUACAAUGGUGGAGCCGUUGAGGGCUUUGACAGCAAAGCAUUGGUUAAGAUAAUCGAUGAACGCAUGGGUGUUGACGAUCUCACCAAAAGGAUAAACCAAAUUUCCCGAUCUGAGGUCUUCAUUCUAGCUCUUCAGAGUUCCCAAUUAAAGGCCUCUCAACCCAGUGACCUGGUAUUUGACUACGAAUUCACGCAGAUUUUCAAGGUCAUAGAGUGUAAGUUAAACAUACUUUUGCUGGCGAGCUCAAUUUUCUACUUAGCGUGCUUAUUGGUUUUGACAGAAGCUCCGCCCCCACCCCCGCCCCAUAAUUAG